AUGCAUCGCUACCGUGACUCUCUGCUGAGCCCCUCCCCAAAAAGCAUCUCCGACCUCAGCAAUCUAGACGGCCGCACUGAAAGUCGGGCAGAUGUGCGGCAAAGCCUCGCUCGGGGGGAAUACAAUGAGGUCCGGGGAGCAGCGUUCUUUAAUCGAACUUGGAUUAUCAGCGACCGAUACUGCAAUGUUGGGGAUGGGGUGGAUUCUCUCGAAGACUACCUCCGUGAGAUAUGGUACAUGUACUUCCAGCUCAGCGUCCUCACGGCGCAUGAGACUCCCGAACACGAUCGGCUCGUUCUUGAUAUCCUCCGGAUCCAGGGAAAGGGACCGUUAACCAGGCCUGUGAGGGGGCUUUACGGGAUCGAUAUCGCACGAACAGUCGAAGGAACGUUAUGGAAUGACCUACCAUUUUUGGUCACCGACAUGACCGACUUAUUCAUCAACAGCUGGGCACCGAUGUCGGGUCCCCAACGCCUUAAUGUUGUCUCCUUCUUGGCUAAGCUAGCGUCAACCCGCAUCUGCAAGGACAAAAUGUGCCAGAUCGCCCUUGUCCUCUUUCGUCUCACGUUUGAAUCGAGACAAGAGCUUCGCGCGACCGGUGAUCUGGAUAAUGAAGACCCAAGACGGAGUCUCUGUGACCUUGAGAGUAUGCACUUAUUGCCGGCUGCCAACGCGUGGAUCCAGGAGGCAGGUUAUAACCUCAUGCUACUCUCGGAGCUCUCGUGGAAUGAUUGUCCGAGCGAAAUCGGCCGAGGUGGCGCGACCUUCAUCGACUCAGAUUUUGGGAAGAGAACCCCGUCUGGAUUUACACCCUGGAGAUGGAUGUAUUGGCUCAAGCGACUCCAUGAAAUUCAGGAGGCUGCAAAACAGGCCAGCGAGAAAAUUGUGGAGGAAUGUGCCAGCGAGGCCAUUGAGCGCAUGGUUAACGAGGCGGAAGAGCGAAACUCCGAAAUUCUGAGGGUCUUCAAGGACAGUGGGGUUGUCUUGUAUAACGAUAAACAUUUGUUCCGACUGAAGGAGCUUGUGGAGAACAAAGACAACAAGGAGAGCGAAACCCCCGACGAGGACGAGACCACCGAGGAGAAGGAAAGCACCGAGAAGACCGAAAUUCCUGAACAGAAGGAGAACUGCGAGAAGAAGGAAACCCCCGCGGAGGAGGAAAGCACCGAGGAGAACAACAAGAAAAACUGA